AUGAAAAUACAUAUUGGAGAAAAACCUUUUUUAUGUAAUGUUUGUGAAUAUAAAUGUAUAGAAAAAAGUAGUUUGCAAUCACAUAUGAAAAUACAUACUGGAGAAAAAUCUUUUUCAUGUCCUAUCUGUGAAUAUAAAUGUAUUCAAAAAAGUGAUUUGCAAAGGCAUAUGAAAAUACAUACUGGAGAAAAACCUUUUUCAUGUAAUAUCUGUGAAUAUAAAUGUAUUCGAAAAAGUACUUUGCAAACACAUAUGAAAAUACAUACUGGAGAAAAAUCUUUUUCAUGUCCUAUCUGUGAAUAUAAAUGUAUUCAAAAAAGUGAUUUGCAAAGGCAUAUGAAAAUACAUACUGGAGAAAAACCUUUUUCAUGUAAUAUCUGUGAAUAUAAAUGUAUUCAAAAAAGUGUUUUGCAAAGGCAUAUGAAAAUACAUACUGGAGAAAAACCUUUUUCAUGUAAUAUCUGUGAAUAUAAAUGUAUUACAAAAAGUGAUUUGCAAAGGCAUAUGAAAAUACAUACUGGAGAAAAACCUUUUUCAUGUAAUAUCUGUGAAUAUAAAUGUAUUACAAAAAGGUAUUUGCAAAAGCAUAUGAUAAUACAUACUGGAGAAAAACCUUUUUCAUGUAAUAUCUGUGAAUAUAAAUGUAUUACAAAAAGUGAUUUGCAAAGGCAUAUGAAAAUACAUACUGGAGAAAAACCUUUUUCAUGUAAUAUCUGUGAAUAUAAUUGUAUUCGAAAAAGUAGUUUGCAAACACAUAUGAAAAUACAUACUGGAGAAAAACCUUUUUCAUGUAAUAUCUGUGAAUAUAAAUGUAUAGAAAAAAGGUAUUUGCAAAAGCAUAUGAUAAUACAUACUGGAGAAAAACCUUUUUCAUGUAAUAUCUGUGAACAUAAAUGUAUUAGAAAAGAUGUGUUGCAAACACAUAUGAAAAUACAUACUGGAGAAAAACCUUUUUUAUGUAAUAUCUGUGAAUAUCAAUGUAAUCGAAAAAGUAGUUUGCAAAGGCAUAUGAAAACACACACUUGA